UUGUCCGUUUGGCUCUCGUUUGUCCGUUUGGCUCUCGUUUGUCCGUUUGGCUCUCGUUUGUCCGUUUGGCUCUCGUUUGUCCGUUUGCUGAGGACUCGGUUCGGGGCUGUUUUUUCACUUUUGGAACUUUAUGAGUUUGAGAUGAUGACAUUCUGAAGUCCAGCGUCUCACAAAAGGAGUUUCAUCAUAUUUAACUUUAUACACAACAUGAAAAACCAGGAGGAAGUCACCACUUUUCUGCUCAUUUUGAUUAUUUUUGUGGUUGAGGUGACCUCAGGCCUCACCUGUCAUCCAUCUGAGUACCCGAUCGGAGUGGAGUGUUGUCCCAUGUGUCCAGUGGGCACUCGAGUGAAUAAACACUGCACAGAGUUCCGCAGCACAUCGUGUCUCCCAUGUGACGGUGGGACGUACAUGAACAAGCCCACAGGGAGGACAGAGUGUCUGCGCUGUAGGAUGUGCGCUGCAGGUUCUGGUCUGAGAGUGAAGGUUUCGUGUACCUCCACUUCUAACACCCUGUGUGAACCUGAGGACAGGUUCUUCUGUGUGGAACCGUCAGACGAGGGAAACUGUGAAGCGUCUCAGAAACACUCGCUCUGUUCACCUGGAGAAUUUAUCCAACAACCAGGGAGUUCUUCUACAGACACAGUUUGUUCUCCGUGUCCUCCAGACUCCUUCUCUAAUGGGACUCUGUCAGUCUGUCGGCCGCACACACGGUGUGAAGAGAAGAACCAAGUCACAGUGAAAGAAGGAACCUCACAGUCGGACGCUGAAUGUGGAGAAAAAGACUCAACUGUAGCCGUUGGGGUUGGUGUUGGUGUUGGUGUCGUAUGGCUUGUGUCAUUAGUUUCAGUUGGACUGAUUUAUAUCAUCAAGAAACAAGUGUUUGCAAUGAAAAAGCCUAAUACAUCACCAGCACCAAGAGAAGAAAUGACCCGUCUACAGGAGCAAAACAGAGAAAACACAAAGACCACAUCACACAUUUAACAUCUACAGUGCGUCAGACCAACAUUAUGUGAUUACUGAUGAAGGAAAAACUCUUUAUGCAAAUGAGAUCCAAUCAUCUACUGGGAAAUGAUCAGAUCUUCAUCUUUAUUUUAACACAAUCUGACCACAAAGAGACGACUUCACUGGAUCUACAACAGGUUAAACAAGUUAAACAAGUGAAACAAGUGAAACAAAUCUCUUUUGAAAUCAAACUCCUGAACAGGACCAUGAACUCUGAUCACAGAAACUCACCACGUUUCAUUUUUAUCUGUAUUUUUUUGUAUUUUUUUUUUUUUUUGAGUUUUCAGAUGAUUUUAUAAGCAGAAAAAGAAAUCUGUUUGUAAAUCUGUUUUUAAUAAUCACAAAAUCUAAAAAAAAACAAAACAUAAAGACCAGAGUCCGACCGAUACGGAUUUUGCUGUGGCCGAUAUGAAACCGAUAAAAUGGAAGUUGUAGCUGUCGAUAUAAUCACCGAUAUAUUUAGUGAUGUAAAAAUUCACUGUAAAUCUUGAAUUGUUUAAAAAACUUGGGUUUGGCUCUAGUGGAUUUUAAAUUGGGUUUAUUUAGGAAACAUUUAUUGUUCUUCUGACUUUUUGUGUCACAUUUACAGUCGGUCGGACUAAUGACAUUUUUACAUCGUCACAUUCUAAACACGAGUGAUGAUGGGGAUUCCAGUUCUUUUUGGAGAACCGGCUCUUUUGGCUCGGUUCACUAAAAGCAGACGGCUCUUUCGGCUCCCAAGAGGCUCUUCAGAUUGUUUUGUUACAAGCAGGACUAAACCAGAACUGAACCAGGACUAAACCAUGUGUAAAACAGGACUGUGAUGGAGUCAGUCAGUCUAUGAUUUUAGGUGGUGUUUUCCCUCUACACGUAACCGCGGUCUGCAGUGACGUGCCCGCGCACACACACACACACACACACACACACACACACACACACACACUGAUUCAUCCCGCACACACCAGUUCACUCCCCGUUUCCCGCUGUUUCAUUCAUCUGCGCCGUAUUCACUAUUAUCACCUUUUCCCCUCUUUCCUCCGUUACUAAUUCUCCAAGGCUGCACACUUGAGCUCGUUACAGUAGUUUGUUUCAUACUUGUCUCUUACCUGUGCGAUGACGUCAUCUCUCUCUCCUCUGACGCGGCGCCUCUGCCAAACUGAGCCUUUAUUUCCUGUUGGUUGAAAUAGUCGCUGUUCGGGCCGUGGUGCUGAUCACGUGACGCGUGUUAUGUAAUAUGAUUUUCCUCACGUUUUUCACCUAUUAUUUUUGACAUUUAAUGUACUUUAUGACUGUGUGCUCAAUGUAGCAUAGACAAGGAGGUUUAUGGUUAAAUUGUUUGUCUUUAUAAUGAUUUAGAUGUGUUGCUCAGUGGGAGGAGUCAGGUGGUUUAAAGGGGAGCUG